GGCAGCACGCGUCGCGCGUGUGGUCAUCGCACGCGAGUACAGUCGUUCCACGAGUUGCGAUUCGACAAAGAAUCUCGACGUGUCGAUCCGUCGAGAUCGAAUCCUCCGCCAUCACGCGCCGUCUGUAACUUCAACUCAACCCUUCAACCGACGGAUCAUCGACGACUCGGUCGAUCGCUCGAUUUGUACUAGGCGAAAGGGUCACUGAAGAUCUCGGACUGUUACCAAUUUAUUCCUCGCACCAAAGUAAGGAGUCGUACGUUUCAAGCUAUGGCUUGCCCAGUAUCAGGCGGAAUCGCAGAGAAGCACGGUCAGAACGAGGAGCAGAUGAUGACAGGACCGGGAUUGCUUUACGGAGAGUAUCUGCGCCUGGACAAGAUCCUGUCCGCGCAGAGGCUCCUCAGCGCCGAGUACAGCAACGAGGUUCACGACGAGCAUCUCUUCAUCGUCACCCACCAAGCCUACGAGCUCUGGUUCAAACAGAUUAUUUUCGAGCUGGACUCCGUCCGGGCGCUCUUCAGCUCCGAAAACAGUGCAACGUGCAACGGCUCUUCCAACGACCACUCGGCCAAGCGGGAUAACGGGGUCUCUCACGUUUUGAACGAGUCGAAAACAUUGGAGAUCCUCAAGCGACUAAAUCGCAUCGUACUCAUUCUGAAACUGUUGGUGGAUCAAGUGACGAUCCUGGAAACGAUGACGCCGCUGGACUUCAUGGCGUUUCGGGACUACCUGUGCCCGGCUUCGGGCUUCCAGUCGCUGCAAUUCCGCCUGCUGGAGAAUAAGCUGGGCGUGAAGCAGGAGCACAGGGUGAAAUAUAAUCAGAGUUACAUGAGGGUCUUCGGCAGGGAUCCCGCGGCGAUCGAGGCGAUCAAGCGGUCCGAGGAAGAGUACAGUCUCAGUGGUCUGGUGCAGAGAUGGUUGAGCAGAACGCCGGGCCUCGAGACCGACGACUUUGACUUCUGGGGAAAGUACAAACGCUCGGUGGAGACGAUGCUGGCCGAGCAGGAGCAAGCCGCACACAAAGCGCCUACGGAGCCAGAGGUCAGGGAGCACCUGCUGGCCAACGUCAGCUCGAGGCGAGCUGUUUUCGAAACCAUCAUGAGCGAGUCCCUGCACAACGCCCUUGUGUCGCGCGGCGAGCGUAGAUUUUCGCACGGCGCUCUUCAGGGAGCGAUUAUGAUCACCCUGUACCGGGACGAGCCGCGAUUCAGCCAGCCGCACCAGAUCCUCAUGGCGUUGAUGGACAUCGAUUCUCUGAUCACGAAGUGGAGAUAUAAUCACGUUAUCAUGGUACAAAGGAUGAUCGGGUCUCAGCAGCUCGGCACCGGCGGCUCCUCCGGCUAUCAAUAUUUAAAAUCGACGCUAAGUGAUCGAUACAAGGUCUUUCUGGAUCUGUUCAACUUGUCGACCUUCCUGAUACCGCGCCACAUGAUCCCGUCACUGACGAAGCAGAUGAAGACGAAACUGUCGAUCGCCUCGAACGGCUGGAGCGCGGACGAUAGUCAAGAUAAUCCGGCAAACUCUCCGGGCAGCUCCUGAACCGAACACCUCGACGCCAGUACUCUAACCAUCGUACUAACCACGACAAAUCUCACAAAAGCGCAACUGACGAUUCUUAUCCCCGUAACGCAUCGAGCAGUCCAAGUAGGGGCGUAGAUUCGCAUAAUCUUAACGCGAGGCGAGUGUUUUAACGUCAAGCUUAAUAACGUCAAAGUAGCCGGUCGAGUAACGCUAGUAACGGCUCGAGAAGGAAAAUGACAAUUAACAGUAUGAAGGAUACAUGACAUUAUAUUAGCAUACACGUUUAA